UAAGUAACUGUUCACAACUGUUUUGAACUGUUUUAAGGUGACUGAUAAUUGGAUAAUGUUAUGAUCAGUUGUGAUCUUUGAUUGCAAAUGAAUUAAUUCGCAACUUUGGUCGCCCAAAAAAUUGCGAAGGUUUAAAAAGAUUUAAAAAUGACUUUUCGAAUUUUACAUAUGUGUACAAUAGUGAAGAAUUCACUAAAAAGUAAUCAAUCUUUAAGAAAUGGUAUUUAUGAUUCAUUAUGUACCAGGUAUUCAUAUCUGUUAAAAACACAUGUUCCUUUACAAUGUGAUGUGAAAAAUGCAACAUUUUUCGUGAACAAAUCUGGAGAUGAAUUGUGGAAAGGUGUGACAAGUGUCAGUAAUGCAGGUAGGCGUAGAGGCAGAGCGAAAGGUUUAGCCAGAAAAAGAGAUUUAAACAGGGGUCAGCUUCUUGGUGUUGGAAAGAUUCCCAUACAAUUUCCUGGUUUAAAUACUUCUGUAUUUAGAGGAAAGGAAUUAGUUCAACAGCAGAAGUUACCUGUAGACCCUGAAAGAGAAGAGAAACUCGCAAAACUAAGACAAACUCAAGUCGGACGAAGGCGGAAUAAACUAUCACCUUUGGAACGUGGUUGGACAGGUGCACAAAUGGGUGGCAGAAAACUUGGACCACCUGAUCCUGUUGGAGAAGAUCAUUUCGAUGGCUUUGAGAGUUGGAUUUUGGAAUCUAAAAUAAUAAGUUGCAUGACUGGCACUUUAGGACGCAAGAGCAGAUUUAGUUUAUUUGUUAUAACAGGAAAUGGAAAUGGACUAGCAGGAUUUGCAGUAGCAAAAGCACCUACAGCUAAAGCAGCUUCAAUCACAGCUAAGAAUAGAGCUGGCCAAAAACUAAUGUUUAUCCCUAGAUAUAAGGAGCAUACUGUACUUCACGAUUUCUUUACGCAGUUUGGACGUACAAAGAUAUUUGUGACGAAAAUGCAUGAAGGUUAUGGGCUUGUUUGUCAUCGUGCAAUAAAAGCAUGUUGUGAGGCAAUUGGCAUAAAGGAUAUAUAUGCCAAAGUAGAAGGGUCUAAGAAUUUGCAGAAUAUUAUUAAAGCCUUUUUUAUUGGUCUAUUGCGACAGAAAUCAUACCAACAACUAGCGGACGAGAAGCGGUUACACUUAGUCGAAUUUAGGUCGGAAAAUGGAAACUAUCCGGAAGUAAUUGCAUCGCCGUUGAAAGUCAGAAAGGCAGAAGAAGUGCAGUCUCAUGAAAUUCGCAAUUUUACGCAAUACGUGAUGGGUGGCAAAGUAGUACUACGAAAAAAGAAAUAUCCGCCGUUCUUUACUAAACUUCCAUCUUGGAAAGUAAAGUUGAGAAAACUAGAACGAUUAAGACACGGUGAUGAUACAAGGAUGAAAUUAAUAGCAGAAUAUGGAGCGCUUCAUAGUUUUCUCACUGAGAAAUACCCAGAAGCAAAGCUAAAGCUUCCAAAGUGGAAGAAGAAACGUGAAAGUGAUGAAACAGAAAUGGAAUAAAAUACCAUUGUUAUGCUCUAAUAUAUAAGUGUAUUCAAGAAAAAGUUUGUAUAGCUAGAAUAUUACAUUUUUGAAGUUAAACA